UUUGCUCUAGAUAUCAGUAGUCAGUAUGUGAAGUGACUCAGUUUAGAAAAAACAUCAUGAUAAGUUAACUGAUAAAAGAUUUUCCUCUUGUUCUAGUGAGACAAUGUUUAAGUUUAGUUUCCUUCUUGUUUUUUCUUUAUUAUUUUACCACAACGAGGCCUUAAACCAGCUAUGUUCCGUAAGAAAAGCAGAGAAAAACUGUAUCUGUAAACGCAUCACCGACAGCGAAGAUUUAAUUGCCACAGAAGCCGACUGCGUAAGAACAAAUUUCGACUAUUUCCCGACCUCAGAGCAGCUACCUAAAGACCUCAACCUGCUCGACUUAUCACACAACUCACUCACAAAACUGGACGCAACCGAAACGCGAUUUUCAAGUGUGACCUUAGAAACGUUGAAAUUAUCUUACAACGCGAUUAGUUUCAUCAGUUAUGGCUUUUUCGCCGAAAUUCCCAACCUGAGAAUCCUAGUUUUGAGUCACAACAACAUCGAAAGUCUCGACAGUGACGAAAUUUUCCAAAAAAACCCAAAAAUAACUCAUUUGGAUUUGAGUUUCAACUUCAUCCAUGUGAUACAAGCCGCGACUUUCUCGCCCCUUGUAGAAUUACAAGUUUUGGAUUUGAGUUACAAUAACCAUUCUCUCGGAGAGUCGUUGAGCCAAGUCCGGACUUUAACCGACUCCGGGCUCGGCAUAAACCCCAACAUUGUGCGUCUUAGUCUCGACAAUAUUGGGCUUAAGGACGUCCAAAAUGGUUUUUUCAGCAACCAUACGUAUUUAACGCACUUAUCUUUGGCCGAUAACCGAUUUACUCAAGUCCCGCGAGUUCCAUACAGUGUGGAGUAUUUGGACUUGUCUGGGACGGACAUUUCGGUGCUCCAAGCCAAAGAAUUGAGUUACCACACGCUCAGAGUUCUAAGACUCGAACGAAUGAAGAUGCUUGAGACUAUCCACCACUAUGCCUUCUAUAAUUUGGAAGCACUGGAGGAGUUAUCGGUGAAACAUUGUCGCAAUUUGCGGGAGUUUAACGAACUGGUCUUUGGCGCUUUGCAAAAAAAUGAAGAAACGAAUUUGCGGAAAUUGUCUUUGGCUGGGAAUGGUUUACAAAGUUUGAAUUGGACGUAUAAGUACCUCUUCCGAAGUUUGGAUUUUAUUGAUUUGACAGACAAUCCGUGGAAAUGCGACUGUGACAUACUGUGGUUGCAAGAAUUUGAGAAUUUAUACAAAAGUGAAAACGUGAAGUGUUCCUCCCCUUUAUCUCUCCGCUCCAAGCAACUUUUCGACGUGACCGACGAAAACGUCCCAACUUGCUACCCCCAAAAGUACGGCAAAAAGUCGCACCGAGUCCUCAUCGCCUUUUUAAUACUCCUCGUCUUAAUUCUGGCGGCUUUGGUCGGCUAUUUGUUUUAUUACUCCCCGAGCUGGUGGAGUGGUAACAGGUCGCGGGGAAUCGGCCCCCAGUCACCCUACAGUGCGUCCAGAAUCGGCGAAGAAUUGACUUAACUUUGUUAAAAAUAAAAUAAAAUUAUUUCACGUUU